UUUUAAAGUAAUGCUCAUUUUACUCAAAAUGAGGUAAUACUUGUUUUGUUUCUAAAAAUAUUUUUAUACUUGUUUUAUCAAAGACUUUGAAUUAAGAAGUUAUUAAUGAGUAUUUAUUAUUUUUGGGUAUGAUCGAAUAAAUCAUGACGAUGAGGAAUUAAUGACGAGGUUGAGAGUUCGAAUGAUGAUUAUUGGAGAACAAGCUAAGUGAGAUGAUUAAGGAUGAUCGAAUGAGGUAGUGUUCUUUACCUACACCCUAAUGAUGGAUCUUACUCCAUCAGUGUUGAUAAACUCACUGGAUCAUCCGAUUACAGAUCUUGGAGAAGAUCAAUGGAGAUUGCUCUUUCAACCAAGAAGAAAGUUGGUUUUGUUAAUGGCACAGUGCUCAGAUCUGCUUAUGCUGCUGAUCCAGUCAAAGUAGAGCAAUGGGAUACCUGCAAUUCUAUGGUAAUCUUUUGGAUUCAUGGUUGUUUGUCUGAUACUAUUAAAAAAUUUGUGCUGUUUGUUAACACUUCUAGAGAAACUUGGAUUCAACUUGAAAAAUGUUUCUCUAUUUCUAAUGGUUCCAGAAAAUACAAACUAAAUAAAGAUCUAUACAGUCUGAAACAAAAUGGUAACUCUAUUAAUGUCUAUUUUACAAGCAUGUCUAGUCUGUGGGAAGAAAUAGAUGUUGUGAAUGCAUUGCCUGUUGUUACCGAGUCUAAUGCUAAAAUUAGAUCCUUGUUGAGUGCUAUAUCGAAAUAUCAGGAAGAACAAAAGUUGUUUCAGUUUUUAAAUGGUUUAGAUGAACAUUUUGGAGCUAUGAGGAAACAGUUGCUCAUACUCAUACCCCUAACCACUGUUGAAUCUGCUUGUUCUCUUCUAUAACAAGAGGAGAGUCAGAGAGAGGUGUUACUCUCCCCUAAAUCUGAUCUGGACAUUUCAACUAUGUAUA